AACGCAUCUCACAGCUGUCAGUCUGUGGUGGGUGAACUUUUGGAUAAGAUUGCGGGUAAUAGUUUCACCGGCGGCGAGGUGAUGUUUGUUAUAUGGACCCCGAGUCUUGGCGCUGUCUUUAUCAACAACAUCAAAUGUGCACCAGAUGCACUUGCCCUGAUAUUGCACGAGCCAACACUCGCAAUGCUUGUGAGUAUUAAUAUAAUCGUCUUUGUUUUACCAGAAAAGUACUCCUCUCAGUGUAUCAGAAGUGUUUAAUCAAAUCUUCCGCGUCUAAACCGUGAAUAUUGUCACAAUCACCACCGACCAUUGGAUCAAUCGGUUUAGCUUUAUAUGCAUAUUAUGGGGCCAGAAGCUCCACGCCGUGCACUUACCAGAAGACCUCUUCACAGAGAGGAAGAAAGUGAAAUACCACACUCACAAAACAGACAUCCGGGCCUCACAGUCACCCACCUCCCCCCACACAAGGCACGACCGCAAUAAUGAGCCUCCACUUCCUCGGCAUCCGCGACUUCCCCAUCCUGCACCUGCAACUGCGCUCCCCCACCACCCAAGGUCCCCGCUCCCAGGACGCAACUGAAGAUCUCACCCACGACAGCAAGGAUGUGCUCAUCCAGCGCCUCCUCGACCUGACUACGCACCUGCAAUCGCAGGACUUGCGCGAUGGUGACGUCUCCCUCCUCCAUCGCGACGCGGACAGCAUGGAGCGCACUCUGCGGCAAUCGCCCGUCCUGCGGCAACAGCCAAGUUUCCAGUCAUUUACGAGCGUGGGAAGCGGUGCGAGCAGGGGAGGGGAGGAGGAGCGCUUUUGGCAACCGCUGUCGCCAGGCUUGAAGAGUUCGGGUAGGAUGUUCGAGGUGUCGAGGGCGCCGUCGAGGGCUGGGCCUGUGAAUGGGUUGUCGGCGUCAAAGUCGGCGUUGUUGGCGGAGGAGGCGGAAGCGCUGCUGGUUCAGCUUACGAAGACGGUGUUGGAGCUGAAGGAGAGGCGGGAGGAGUCACAGCAUAUCCAUGAUCUUCUCGUCGUGCGAGCUGAAAAAGCAGCACAGCGAGUGAUAGAGCUUGAAGAUCACGUCUCGCAGUUAGAUGCAGACUAUGAGAGCACGGAAUCGGAGCUGAACUUCUUACGUCUCCAGUUGCGCGCGCUCGAGGUUCAGGGUCUGGACUACGUGCAGUUUAAUGACGACGAGGAGUUGACGCAGAGUAUCAUCAAUUGGAAGCAGCAGUGGGCGGAUGUGGAGCAGCGCACGAAGGCAAGGCGGCGGAAGAUUAAGACUGAGACGUCGAAGACGACGACAACGGGAACAGGGACGCCAACACCGACAUCGACGCCCACGCCGAUGCCGACGAUUGGGGGCCAGGGGGGGCUGGGACUGGCUCGAUGAGCCUGAUAGGAGCGAGGUAGAUGCUUGUUGGGUCAUCAAGUGGGGUGCAUUGUACAAUACUUGAAGGCGGCACCCUGGAGAAUUUCAGGAUGAUGAACGACCAGGUACCUGGUCUGCCGUAUAGUAAUUCAAUUCUUUGACAAUCUGUGAGAACAGUCACGGUGCUUAUCCCUGUCACCAUCCGGUUAGCUUCACGUUGAGAGUUACAACAGACCUAUAUAUUCUCCAUAAAACUGCAAGCCCCAAACUCGCUGGCUAUAUCAGAGACAGGCAUAUCCGUCACCCCCUUCAGCAGGUAGAGGAAUGAAGACGUCCAAUGCGUGAAGUUGUUUCUGGUUGUGGCAAAGCGGUAACUUCAAACAGGGUUACAGGCAAUGAAUAUGCGCGAAGAUGGCCUCGCUGCGGAGCUCCGAAUCACCUCACGGCCGGGCUGUCUUGGCUAGUAACUGGGGGGGCCGAGCUUGCAAAUAUACCCCCAGGCAUUUCUGUGAAGCAACAGGGCCUCGUGCCCUUAAAUUUACUUCCAGCAUCUGCUCUCAGCCUCGAGCCGAUCCCAAUCAGUGCUCUAAGUGCUUUGGUCUAGCUUCAGUCAAAUAUUCUAGACGCCGCGUCAGUGUAUCACGUAUACUUUAAGACGAGCACAUGAGGUGAACACGACGCGUUGUGUCGCGUUUUUAUGCCCAGUGUUCCCCAAAAUAGUAUUAGUAUUUGUGGUUUUCGAAUAGUAUUCGGCGAUGAGCAGUAUUCUGGCUAAAAUUGGGGUAUUCGGCGAGUAUUUGCCAAAGACUCGAAUACAUACUAUUCGAGUCCUUGGCAAGCACGGCCCAGGAUGCC